AUGCUGCAUUCGAGCUUUUCACGUACGAGUUUCAAACCUCUGUGGAAUGCAGACUCGGGCCUGAGGUUGUCUCCAUUUGUAUCACCUCCGGCUUUCCGCUUUCUAUCCUGCCGAACUCCGAGUCAAAAGUACUUCAAUAAAAGCAAGCGAUUACGACAUCCCUCCCGCACGUCGACCUCCUUCAAUUGGACGCUUGAAAGUAUGGAAGAUCUGGGAGAUAUCACUAGGCUCAGCAAGCAUGUUGUAAGGGUGUUGGGCCAGAAUCCAGGGAAAUUUACGCUGCAAGGAACGAACACCUAUAUCAUCGGGUCUCAAAACCCAUACAUUCUAAUCGACACCGGCGAGGGCCUUCCUGAAUACACCCCGGUGCUUUCUAAGGCGCUUACGACCCUUUCGGCGCCUACCAUCCCUUCUUUACCCGACGUCUCAGACAUCAUCAUCUCACACUGGCACUUCGACCACGUUGGGGGCAUUCCAUCCGUCCUCAUUCUUCUCAAAGAGCUUUGGGAAAAUCGCAAUCCUGGGGCACCAUAUGUCCCUCCGCGCCUACACAAAUACCUUAUAGGAGACGCACUGAAGGGAGAACAUAACUCGCAUUACUUCAGGCUUCCCAAGCUCAUUAGAGAAUUAUCGAAGGAAUUAUACACGGCCGCUCCCAAUGGUGAUGCGUUUCACGACCUGCAAGAGGGCCAAAUAAUCAAGGAACCUUCUGGGGCGGUUCUCCUUCGUGUGCUGCACACUCCCGGGCACACCGUUGACUCCAUCUGUCUUCAUGUACCGCAAGAUCGCGCACUAUACACUGCCGACACGGUCCUCGGACAUGGCACGGCGGUCUUCGAGGAUCUGGCGACAUACCUCGCCAGUCUGAAUAAGAUGCUGCAUUUUGGAACCCCAGCUGCCACCGCGCCAUCCGACUCUGGCUUUGACAUACAGCAAGAUGUCGACCUCGAAUACGUAACUCUCUACCCGGCACACGGUGCGGUCAUCGCCAACGGGCGUGAAACAAUUGCCACAUAUAUCAAACAUCGGUUGGAGAGGGAAGCCCAGAUCCUUGGGGUCCUGAAAUCGAGUAUUCCAGCAGAGUUGCUCAACAGUGGCGUCCAGGCCGCCUACUGGACGACAUGGAAUAUUGUUCGUGUUAUUUAUAAGGCUUACCCCGAGAACCUCUGGCUACCGGCAGCAAGAGGUAUUGACCUGCAUCUGACGAAGUUGGAGGGAGAGGGCAUCGUCAAGCGAGUUGGGGGAGAGGGAACGGAAACCGAGUGGAAGGUUUUGGUGUCGCCACCGUCAACUCCGAACUUGUAG